CUUUCUCAAUCUCAUUCAGUUAAGCUUUCCAACUAUCAUUUAACUAAUGGCAUCCAUGGCUGCAACUUCAGCUAGCUCCACCACUGUUGUUAGAGCCACUCCAUUCUUGGGUGGUCAAACCAGAACCUCCAAUGCCAACUCCCUUAGAGAUUCUGUCUCCAUGGUCAAUGGCAAAUACACCAUGGGAAAUGAGUUGUGGUAUGGACCGGACCGUGUGAAGUACUUGGGACCCUUUUCGGCUCAAACACCAUCAUACUUGACUGGAGAGUUCCCUGGUGACUACGGCUGGGACACUGCUGGAUUGUCUGCUGACCCUGAGGCUUUCGCUAAGAACCGGGCUCUUGAGGUGAUCCAUGGGAGAUGGGCAAUGCUUGGAGCAUUCGGUUGCAUCACCCCGGAAGUCCUUGAAAAAUGGGUGAAAGUAGACUUCAAGGAGCCUGUUUGGUUCAAAGCCGGAGCUCAAAUCUUCUCUGAAGGCGGUCUAGACUACUUGGGCAACCCUAACUUAGUCCAUGCCCAAAGCAUACUAGCGGUGCUUGGUUUUCAAGUUGUCCUUAUGGGACUCGUUGAAGGAUUCCGUAUUAAUGGGCUUGAGGGUGUAGGAGAUGGUAACAACCUGUACCCGGGAGGUCAAUACUUUGACCCGUUGGGACUUGCAGAUGACCCAACAACCUUUGCUGAGUUGAAGGUGAAAGAAAUCAAGAAUGGGCGGCUUGCAAUGUUUUCAAUGUUUGGGUUCUUUGUGCAAGCAAUUGUGACAGGGAAAGGACCAUUGGAGAACCUUUUGGACCAUCUGGACAACCCUGUGGCUAACAAUGCAUGGGUCUAUGCUACCAAGUUUGUGCCUGGUUCAUAAAUCACAUGUGGCUUGUUGAUUGUUCUUGUGAGCUAUGAAUUGAAUGAGAAUGAUAUGUAAAUUAUUAUUAUUACAUAUAUUGUCUUUGUUA